AUCGGGUGCUCGUGCAGUUUUGCCAUCGACUGUCAGGUACCAUACAAAACCAAAAUGGAGGACACAGGUGCCGGCGAUGGCAGACUUCAGAAAAUGGAAGUUGAUUACAGCGAAGCUGUUGACAAGAGAAUCCCAGAAUGUCAACAGCUGGCGAAGGAUGGCAAGCUGUCUGAAGGCGUAGAGAGUCUUCUGUCUCUGGAAAAACAGACAAGAACGGCAGCCGACAUGCACUCCACUGCGCGGAUCCUGGUAGCCAUCGUCAGCAUGUGCUAUGAAGCCAAGGAGUGGGGACUGCUGAACGAGAACAUAUUACUGCUGACCAAGAGACGCAGUCAGCUCAAGCAGGCCGUAGUGAAGAUGGUGCAAGAAGCGUGCAGCUACGUCGAAAAGACGCCUGAUAUGGAGACUAAGCUGAAAUUGAUCGACACCCUCAGGACAGUCACAGCCGGCAAGAUCUAUGUGGAAAUUGAGCGAGCUCGUCUGACCAUGACCCUUGCCAAGAUCAAGGAAGGACAGGGGGACGUCACAGAGGCAGCUACCAUCUUGCAGGAACUCCAAGUUGAAACGUUUGGCUCCAUGGAGAAAAAGGAGAAAGUGGAUUUCAUUCUGGAGCAGAUGCGCCUGUGUCUGACCACCAAAGAUUUCAUCCGCACCCAGAUCAUCAGCAAGAAAAUCAGCCCCAAGUUCUUUGAGUCCAGCGAGGCCAGUGUUCAGGAGCAGAAACUAAAAUUCUAUCGUCUGAUGAUUGAAGUAGACCAGCACGAGGGUGCCUAUCUGGACAUCUGUAGACAUUACAGAGCUCUGUAUGAUACGGCCAUCAUCAAGGAAGACCCAACCAAAUGGAAGGAGAUCUCGAAGCAUGUGAUUCUCUACCUAGUGUUAGCACCCUUUGAUAACGAGCAGUCUGAUCUGAUUCACCGGGUAGCCGAGGAUAAGAAUCUGGAGGAAAUCCCCAAAUACAGAGAUCUGUUGAAAUGCUUCACCACCCAAGAGCUGAUGAGAUGGCAACAGGUGUGUGCAAUCUACGAGCAGGAGCUGAAGCACGGCUCGGCCGACAGCGCGUCCACGGACGUCUUCAGUGACAAUGAGCAGGGUAAACAGCGCUGGAAUGACCUCAGGAACAGGGUGGUGGAACAUAACAUCCGGGUGAUGGCCAAGUACUAUACACGCAUCACACUGACUAGAAUGGCGGAACUCUUGGAACUUGCUGAAAGUGAGGCCGAGGAAUUCCUAUCCAAUCUGGUCAUCAAGAAAACCAUCUACGCCAAGGUGGAUCGUCUGGACGGCAUCGUCAACUUCUCCCCUGCCAAGGAUCCCAACGAGAUCCUGAACAACUGGUCCGGCAACCUGAACGAACUGAUGCAGCUGGUCAACAAGACCACGCACCUCAUCAACAAGGAGGAGAUGCUACACCAGCUUACUCGCUAGUCAAAUUGUGAUGUCCUUGUCACUGUCAUGUUGUCAUUGUCAACUUGUCACAUGUUCUGGUCAUUUUUGGCCAGGGACAAUUUUAUAAGUGUGCAUGUACUUCAUCAACAAGGCAGAGAUGUUAUACUAGUUUACCCUUUAGUCCUGUUGCAAUGUCCUGGUCACUGUCACCUUGUCAUUGUCAACUUGUCACACGAUCUGGCCAUUAUUGGUCAGGGACAUUUUAUAAGCAUGCAUAGACCUCAUCAACAAGGACGAGAUGUUAUGCUAGUUCCCCCUUUAGUCCUGUUGCAAUGUCCUGGUCAUUGUCAUGUUAUCAUGUGUUCUGGUCUUUGCAGGACAGGAGAAUCAAAAAGUACAUGUGACUUGAAGAAAUGUCACACAGUUCACUCUUGGUGAAAUCUCCAAGUCUUAGUAAUUAUCUCAUCAGAGUCCACUUGUCAUAUGUCGUGGUCAUUGUCAGACAGGGACAUUUCUUGGUCAUUGCAAGACAAAUCUCAUCAGCAAAGAAGAGACGCUACUCAAGUUUGCAUAUCAAUCAUAUCGUAAAGACUUGCAGUAGGUCAUUUAUUCAAACUUGUUACAUUUUCAGAUCAGCUACAAGUAAAAUCGUAUUUACAAAUUA